UAAAAGACCUCUAAUUGAUGCUGCACAGCACAAACACAACAAAACACAAUCCCUCAUCGCUUGUGCAUUGGAAACUCUUCAUGAUGCCAGUUAUGAUUUAUUAUCUACUAACUGGGUUUCUGCACUACUUAAAGGGAGUUGUAAACUUCCUAGUCUGACAGAUGAGGUAAAAUCGGUUACAUCUGUGUUUUGUGUAAACAAGUCCUUAUCAGAGACGUUUCUGUCUGUGAUUUUGGACAAGAUCGAGGCAGAGAAAGAGUCUAUGAGACAUGAACUCCUGCAGUCUAUCUGUAGGGGUUAUGUAGCCUUAUGUGAACAGUGAGGAGACUCUCAUAAAGCUCAUGCCCUCGCCUACAGACUUCUUAAAGAAGCCCUGAUGAAGUCUGAUGACCUGAAGAGGGUGGAGCUGAGACUUCAUGCAGCAGACGGACUUCUGAGGAGGAACAUCAGCACCACACGAGAGGUGAGGACUCGUUCGAGUUGCAAACGGUGGAGUUUGAGGUGGAGGCUUUGGAGAAACAGGCAAAGCAUGCCCAGCUGCGAGAGCGGAAAGCGGCGCUGGAAACAUCCCGGGCGGACGCUCACUCGUCCCAGGCCCAGCGCACCUACAACGCGGCCCGCCCAGGUAUCGUUUACUCCGGCACCGGUGCACCACGGACCCUGGAUGCUGCAGCAGCGGAAGACACGAGCCAAGCCCCCGUCGAGGACGUCUCCCCCGCCACCACCACCGGCCUUCGAGAUCUCGACUGAGAACCGCUUUGCCCCUCUCCGCGAGACGGAACGCCAUACUGUAAUUCUUGGUGAUUCCAUCUUCCGGGCUUUCCACGCUACCGGAGCCAAAGCGAGUCUUCUCAAAGGGAAAGUACCCGUAUUAUUACAGUGCUCCAGUACAUGUGGUGCCUCCUCAGCAGUACUCAGUCCAUCCCACAGGAUUCAAUACAUGCUACACUGUACUCCCUGGACCUACUACCCCAACAAAUGUGUCGGCUGCAGGGAUGUUAUUCUAUAAUGAUCAGGCCGUGUACAACCAGACUCCAUUCACAAUGGUUCCUCCACUGCAGCAACAUCCAUCUACCAAGAGGAAGAGGAAAACAUCGUUGUCCGAGAUCCUGACCAGGACAACAAGGACAUCACUGAGGAGUUCAUAUCAGAAGCUGGCAGGAGUUGGAACCCCACUCUGCCAGUGGGAAAUGUCUUUUCCGUCUCUAUGCCUCUGCAGCAACUGAACCAAAUGGUGGAAAAUGAGCGUGUCUAUUAUGGGGACAGAGCUCAGGGCCCCCCUGCUCCUGCCGACUUGAAACUAGAUGAACAGCUUUAGAGUUAUUCAGUAAAAUAUGCUGCAUUAGAUGACGCUGAAAAGCCUACCUCUUUAGCUGAGCCCGGUCCUGCACAAGCCGUCACACCAAACCAGAUAAAACAGAGCCUGUGCAAGUGCCCCCAGAGGUUCCAGUUUCUGCUCUAUUCGCCAUCGAUGAGCCGGCCGAAACAGACACGGCUCCUCGUCCUGACGACUCCCAAUCGCUUAGAGAGCAGAAACACCAGCAGAUGAGAUCGAAGCGCAGGAAGCCGAGCCGCCGAAGAAUGAACCCGAGCCCAGCUCUGAGGAUGAAAGCAACGAUGGGGUCCUUUCACCUGUCGAAGUGCCCA